AUGAUGUCGGCGCGCAUCACGUCGGGCUGCCGCGUCACGCUCGUCCACCGAUCGUUCGGCAUGGACCUCGACGACGUCGGCACGUUGAUCCAGCCCCCGCUCUACGAGCGCAUCGCUCGACCUGUACAGAUCUCGUCGCUCGUAUUCGAGGCUUUGGCGCCGGCAGAGGCUGCGUUCGUCGACGUCCUUGUCGCGACAGAGGACUAUGACGUGGCGCUCGUCACGUUUAAAGAAGAAGUCUACGACCACCGCAACGUUGUGGCUGCGUUCCGCGUGACGUGGCCGCGCGCGCCGCACGCCAUUUUUUUGGCCCAAGGCGGGGUUGUCGGCAUCGACGUGGCGCUUCCGCUUCUCGCCAACGCGAUGCUCGACGCCCACGCGCCUCGGCCUUCCCAGUGCGUCCGACCUCGCCCGUGGUACCAUGUGUACCAGAGCAUGUCCAAAGUCUAUCUGGUCCAAGAGACGCGCGAAGUCAAUGACGAAAUCAGCCAUCUUCCCCUCGACCACGAGACCUUGCAUCUCUUCCUCGGCGACGCGCUCUCUGCAUAUCUUCCGCUCGAGACGGCCGCGCGCAUGGUCCAAAAAUGCUUGACCGCGUUCGGCUAG